AUGGCUGAGCUAGAGCAACCCGAAUUUCAUCUUGGACCUGAUCCCAAUGUCACGUAUCCAAUUCAAGUUCAAUAUUGUGGAAACUGCUCUCUUCCUCUUGAAUACUGUGAAUACUACCCAGAGUACGACAAAUGUAAGCAAUGGCUGGAAAGAAAUCUUCCAAAAGAAUUCGAGAAGAUGAAGUUGAUGGAAGACGGAACCGCUGAGUCUGGUGCUGGUGAUGAUGAGAAGAAAAGACAGAAGCGAGGUGGCAAGGGUAUGCUGAAAACCAAGAAGAAAGAGGAUGUUCCUAAGCUGAUUACUGUUUCUAGAGCCCCGAGGGGUAAAAAGAAAUCAGUAACAGUGGUCACUGGUCUCAGUACUUUCGAUAUUGAUCUGAAGGUUGCAGCCAAGUUCUUCGGAAGUAAAUUCGCUUGCGGUUCUAGUGUCACUGGAGACGACGAAAUAGUUAUUCAAGGAGAUGUUAAAGACGACUUGUUUGACGUGAUUCCGGAAAAAUGGCCACAGAUUGACGAAGACUCAAUCGAUGACUUGGGAGAUCAGAAGAGAUGA